AUGCGGGUCCGGGACACCGGGCGGACGGGCCGUUCGACGCGCGCCACCGCCGAAAAGGUGGCAAAGAAAGGUCGGGAUGAUGAGCGCAAGUCGAAGAGCAAUAAACGACAGGCGCCGCGCCGAGCGCGAUUGGAAAGUUCAUCGGAAGAUGAGGAGCCCUCAAGUUCCGCGCCUCAGCCCACCGAAUAUUUUACGUUUCUGACGAGGGAAAAAUGUCCGACGCUGAACAACUUUCUCUCGGCUUACGAGAAGCAUCAAAAGAGCGAGCUGGAGGGCGAUUUAUUGGCUGCCAUCCAGCACGAGCUCGAGGCAAUGGCUUCCCACGCCGCCGACUUCUCGCGGCAUAUCCAAUUGGAGACUGCUUUUAUGCAACGUGGCGUCUACCCACUGUCCGACACCUCACAAAGGCCCCUGCCCCAAUUUCAAUACAAGAGCACUUCGUUGGAAUACUCGGAUGAUGAAGUAGAUUUGUUUGCCGCCGCCCCGGAAGUGCCAAAGGAGCCGGAAGAUCAGCUCGACAAUUGGCCGCCAGAACAUGUGGCUAAGCGGUUCUGGACGUGGUGCAAGCAUGAUUUUCUCAAGCCGAUUGAUGACAAAUUUCUAAAGGCGUUCCGGCAAAGCUUUAUGGAUCCUUACUCUGAGGAAACCUGCUCGCAAUUAUUGGUGAAUGAGCCCUGGAAACACCGAGUGAAGGCGAAAAAGGAGACGCCGAAAGCGAAGAAGCAUGCAAAGUUGGCCCGUCGGAGAUCAUCAACUAACGGUCAUAGGGACGUCAAGAAGGAGGAGAGUGAGGAUGAAAGGAUUUCGCCCCUCAGAGGGCAUCAAAAUCCGGAAACGAGUCUACAGCUCGUCACAAAUAUCCUCAAAGCAUACGCCGAUGAAUACAAAGUCAAUGGUGAUUACGAUGAGGGGCGCCUGAAGCUUCACCUUUCCAGCCUCAAGCGCGAAGCCAACGGCAACGGACUGCACCCGGAUAUGGAAGAGGAUAGCGAUUUCGAGCCUCUGAUCGAAAAGAGCAACGGGGUCCACGCAAACGGGCACAACGGGACAAACGGCUUCUCGAAUGGCGGUCUGGAUUCGAGUGAGAGCGAGGGGGAGAACGAUGAGCCGGCCUGCUCCCCAAAAUGGACAAACGGCCACGCGAUACCGGUUACCAAGAAUGACAUUUCAAACGGCGGCUCCAUCAGAAAACGCCGGGAAACCGUUGAAGAUUGUGUCGAGGAAAUGGAACGCGAUACGCUGAAAGAGGCCGGCCGAUCGAUCAUCAAGCAUUUGACUCAAUUGGGAAUCACACAAGAAGAUGCGCCCGAAAUUUUCGACCUGAGUAUACGUUGUGAGGGGCUGCCGACAAGCGAACCUGGGCCCAGCGUUAGUCAAAAAGGCCGUAAAGAUGAUGAACCGAUGGAUGAGAUCUCGAUCCGGUUGAUGUUGGCGCAAAAGGAGAUGCUUGAAGCUGUCAUGGAUUACCGCAAAGCGGCCAAUAACGUCCACGGGAUUCUGGAGAGCGAAUAUGUGUAUCGUGAAUUGAAAAGUGAUCUCGACAAAGCCGACGAUGAGUUGAUACGUCUGGGAUCGUUGUGCUUCCGGGAACCACCAUUGCCCCGCCGGGUGGCAAAUCAGACCGAUAUGGCCGUGCUGACCCAUGCCAAGCAGGCUAGAAAUCGUGCUGCUUCCUUACUUUAUGGCCCUCAACACCGCGAAGUUAAAUGGCACCAUAUUGAUAGAUUAAAAUCGAAACACCGUAAUCUGCGGGAUACUCAUCCGGAGUCUUCACGACCAAAGUCAAGCUUGGCUCGAGUGCCGGAAGGAGAUCCGUAUGAGAUCACCGACGGGGAUUAUUCACCGCAAAGCACAAAGGACACCGAUGAAUCAUUCAUCGCCGACGCACCGAAAGUGAUUGCUAAGCGAGCCCCCAAGACCAUCAUCGAAUCUGACUCGGAGCCGGAUGAGAAAAUGGAAGUCGACGAAGAGGAAGAAGAAAUUGAAGACACUCCCAGAAUAAGCCGAAGAGCCUCUAGGCAUCAAAAGUCAAUAUCGCCAAAGCGCUCCACGCCACGCCUGAAGCUACGCGUAAAAACGGCUCCAGUAAUCCCAUACUCUGAUGAGGAU